GGCGGCUGAUAAGUCAUAGGAGGACGGGCGGGCCGGGUCUACGCGCUCUGCGCCUGCCGGGAAGGGGACGGCGAGGCCCCGGAUGGAGCCAAGAUGGUGGCACUGGCGGUGUCUGGGCUGUCGGCCUUGAAGCGGCUCUGUAGCGUCGCGCUCUUUGUUUCGCAGCUCUACGUGCUCUCGGGCCGCGCAGGUUCCUUGAUGACAACAGAGCACUCGAAACAACAGUUUGUCUCUACAAAAGGUGUAACAUCUCCAAGUACAAAUACUCCAUAUACUAGAGCAACAGAGACUACAGAGAUUCCAUCUUAUGUGAGUAAGUGUCCCAGCAAUGGGCUGUGCAGCAAAUUGCCUCCAGACUGCAUGACAUGUAAAACAAACUUCUCCUGCGUAUAUGGAAAGCCAGCCACUUUUGAUUGCAAGAUUAAGCCACAAAUUCAUUGUGUUGAUCAGAGAAACAAUGAAGUGGAGAACUUCACAAUCAACAUGACUUGCCAGUUUUGCUGGCAGCUUGAACCUACUGAUUAUGUGUGUACCAAUUCUACAAGUUGCAUGACAGUCUCUUGUCCAAGACAACGAUAUAAUGCCACUUGUACAGUGCAUGAUCAUAUUCAUUGUCUAGGUAAUCGUGUCUUUCCUAAGAUGCUUUACUGCAACUGGACUGGAGGCUAUAAAUGGUCUACAGCCUUGGCACUAAGCAUCACCCUUGGUGGAUUUGGAGCAGAUCGCUUCUACUUGGGCCAGUGGAGGGAAGGUCUGGGCAAACUCUUCAGCUUCGGUGGAUUGGGAAUAUGGACACUAAUAGAUGUGCUACUCAUAGGAGUUGGAUACGUGGGGCCUGCAGAUGGAUCUCUCUACAUUUAAGUACACACACAACAUGCUUCAGCAAAGGAUCAAAUUUGGGAAAGGGCCUAAAAAAAGAAUGUAGAAAUUGGUCCUUAAAGGUAGAACUAGGAACACGUUCCCUGUGUGCACAUAUUUUAAUGUACAGUAUCUGUACUUAGCCUGCCUUGAACUAAGGUAAAAUAAAUGAGUGGAUCACUGAACAGUGUUUAUUUGUAAUUAAUUUCCUUUGGCUUGCAAGUACUGUAUUUUUUCUAUGAAAAAAUGUUUAAGUUGCACAACUAAACAAGUUGACUACUGUUCCUGAAGAAAAUAUAAUUAAAAU